AUGGUCAAUCAAACAAGCAGUAAUACGGCGAAUGCACCUAUCACUGUCCUUCCUGUCGAAAUCCUCACGCAUAUCUUUCAAUUAGCUUUGGCCGACCAGCCCUGCCCUUUCCAAACAGAAUACCACUGGAAUGACGAGGAUAAUCCAGUGCAACUCCCCAAAUACCCAGAUACAAUUGCACAGGUAUGCUCACGGUGGCGACGGAUUGCAGUUGCUUGUCCUUCCCUGUGGUCUCACAUUGACAUUGUCCUCUCAUGCCCGCUCAGCAUUGGGUUCCACGACCGUGCAAAAGUCCAUGUGACUAGAGCACAACCAUUACCAAUAGACAUCUACAUCAUUGAUCCAGGUAUUUACCGUGAAGCCAAGAAGUCAAACAACAAUAGUAGCUUCGAACUGGACUUUCCUGGUGCUGGCCCUCCGGAUGAACGUAAAGUAUGGAAUGAGUUGAUGCGCAAGAAUAAUCCCGAAAACUUUGAGUUCAUUUCCCCUGAGGUGAUGCCUCGUAUAAGAACAUUAGGACUACGCGUUCACUACCAAUGCCAUGCCAUACACUCUAGGGCCUUGGAGCAUUGCCUUACUAACUGCUUACCUGGGGGUCUCCGUGAACUCAAUAUAAAUGUGCCAUAUGGUCGAUAUUUUACUCCGAUUUUCCUUCAGCCUGAGGCCUACUCAGGCCCUCAUGGGCGAAACCGUACUGGCCCUGGCUUGCUUUAUCUGAGCGACAGUUAG